AAUCCAUGUUUGAUCCAAAUCCUUGAUUCAGAAGUUUUGAAUAUGUAAAAGUUGCAUUCAUGAGGGGCUUUUAAUUUGCAAAACAGUAUGGAUUUAAGGAUAAAGCAAUGAAAACUAUAAGUGGAUAGAUCAAAUGAAUUUUAUUGGUAACCAUGCAUUUUAAUGUAGGAUAAAGGCAAGGACCAAGUCUGGAUUAAAUCUAGUGUUAUCCACGUUCAGGACAUCAAAAAACGUCAAUAUUAUUGCAAUAUGUAUAUGUAUGUACAAGAGAGACAUAAUAUGCGUAACCCACAGCUGUCAUGUUAAUGUCUCGUCGGGAAAACGCAAAUGAUCCGGUCAUUUGUUUAAUUCGCCAUUGUCUCGUAUUAAUCGAUAGUAAAAUUAAAUAAAUUCGUCUAAAAAUAGUUGUAAAUAGUAGUGUUUCGAACGGAGAUGCUGCGUUUUACGUAAUGAUAUGUUGCAUCUCUAAGGGAGGCAUCAGUUGCUUAUUAAACUAUAACAUUCGUAAGGUGAUUGGUGCAAGCACCAAAAGAAAACUAAGUAGAAAGUAAAGUACUCUUAGAGCUCGGACCCGGGUACUUCAAGGAUCUGCAGGAAGUUUUAAGCCAGGCACAGCAGAACUAGUGAGGACAGGGGUCCUAACAGAGGUGGCAACAACGAACAUUCGUACUCUGGUAUCAAACGAAAACGAGAUACACAGGCAGAAAUUGAAAAUAUGAGUGAUAAUACUCAUAAGAGGGCCAAUUUCUCGGCAGUAACCCAGAAUGGACUCAACAGAAACUUGAAUAUUCUUAACCUGAAGCCAGCAGCCACCAAGAAGCUGGUCAUCAAGAACCUCAAAAGUGAGCCUAAGCUUCCUGAUGAUUAUCGAGAGCAAACAUGGGAUAAGUUGAAAAGUGCAGUAUUGGACAUCCAGAAGUCCAAACCGAAUUGCUAUUCUCUGGAAGAGCUGUACCAGGCCGUUGAAAAUAUGUGCAACCACAAAAUGGCUAACACUUUAUAUAAUAAUUUAAGGCUGUUAACAGAAAGCCAUGUACGUGAUAAUAUAGAACAAUUUUUAGCCGAAUCUAUGGACAGAUUUUUAUUCUUAAAGAAAAUGAAUGAUACAUGGCAAAAUCAUUGUCAUCAGAUGAUCAUGAUACGCAGUAUUUUUCUCUAUUUGGAUCGCACUUAUGUUUUGCAAACACCACACAUUCAUUCCAUAUGGGAAAUGGGCUUAGAGUUAUUUCGACAGUAUAUACUGCAGUACACACUUGUCCAGACAAGAAUUGUUGAUGGUUUGUUAAUGCUUAUUGAGAAAGAAAGGCAAGGAGAUGCUGUGGAUCGUACCCUACUUAAAUCUUUGCUGAGAAUGCUCACUGAUUUGCAAAUCUAUGAUCAAGCAUUUGAACAGAAAUUUUUAGUAGCUACUGAACGUCUUUACGCAUCCGAAGGUCAAAGACUGAUGCAAGAAAUGGAGAUCCCCGAAUAUUUGUCGCAUGUGGAUAAACGUAUUUUGGAAGAAAAUGAAAGAGUUUUACACUAUUUGGAUUCGGGCACCAAAUAUCAACUUAUCCACAACAUUGAGAAGCAGCUUCUAAGCGAACAUGUUAAUAAUAUUCUUCAGAAAGGAUUGGAUGGUCUACUCGAGGGAAACAGAUUGGCAGAUUUGAGUCUUCUUUACGUGCUUUUCGGUCGAGUUAAGAAUGGACAUUCGGAGUUAUGCGUUUCAUUUAAUGCUUAUAUCAAGAAGCGCGGACGCACCAUUGUCAUUGAUCCUGAGAAGGACAAAGAAAUGGUACAAGAGCUGCUCGACUUUAAAGAUACUAUGGAUAAUGUCGUUGCUAAUUGUUUCAACAAGAAUGAGAAAUUUAGUAAUUCCUUGAAAGAGGCUUUUGAAUAUUAUAUUAAUCAGAGGGCGAAUAAACCAGCUGAGCUUAUAGCAAAAUUUGUGGACUCGAAACUCAGAGCUGGCAACAAAGAAGCCACUGAGGAGGAACUUGAAAGACUUUUAGACAAGAUCAUGGUACUAUUCAGGUUCAUACAUGGCAAGGACGUGUUUGAGGCAUUUUAUAAAAAAGAUUUGGCUAAAAGAUUGUUGGUCGGAAAAAGUGCCAGCGUCGAUGCUGAGAAGAGUAUGUUGAGUAAAUUGAAACAGGAAUGCGGAGGAGGAUUCACGUCUAAACUUGAGGGAAUGUUUAAAGAUAUGGAACUAAGCAAAGAUAUUGUCGUCGCUUUUAAACAUUAUGUGGGUAACAGCAACAACGAUUUGUCAUCAUUGGAGAUGACCGUCCAUAUAUUGACGAUGGGUUAUUGGCCAACAUACACUCCAAUGGAAGUGAAUAUACCGGAAAAUAUGGUACAACUUCAGGAGGUUUUCAACAAAUUCUAUUUGAGUAAGCAUAGCGGAAGAAAACUUCAAUGGCAACCAACACUCGGUUAUUGCGUGUUAAAGGCACGCUUUAAGUCCGGCCGAAAAGAACUCGUAGUCUCGUUGUUUCAAUCUCUCGUUCUUCUCUUAUUUAAUUUAUCUGAUGAACUGACUUUUGAUGAUAUUAAGACGGCCACGAACAUCGAAGAUGGUGAACUGAAACGUACAUUGCAAUCUUUGGCAUGUGGCAAAGCUAGAGUUCUCAACAAAACACCAAGAGGAAGGGACAUCGAGAUUCUGGAUAAAUUUAAUUUUAACAAUGAGUUUGUAAAUAAACUUUAUCGCAUUAAGAUCAAUCAAAUACAGAUGAAAGAAACGACGGAAGAGCAGAAGGCUACUGAAGAAAGAGUAUAUCAAGAUCGACAGUAUCAAAUUGAUGCAGCUAUAGUAAGAAUUAUGAAGAUGAGGAAAACUUUGAGCCAUAAUCUUUUAAUUAGUGAAUUAUAUUUACAACUCAAAUUCCCUGUUAAGCCUGCUGAUCUGAAGAAGAGGAUUGAAUCGUUAAUCGACAGGGAUUAUAUGGAGCGUGACAAGGAUAAUCCCAAUCAAUAUAACUACGUUGCAUAAGGAAAACUUAACAAGUUUCUUUCCAAGUUUAAUCGUUUCAAUAUUUAAUUAUAUAUUAUUUUCUCUCUGAUUGACAAUAGAGGUUUAGGUUGCCAAUCUAGUCUAUAAAUUUUCAUUCUGCUUUAUUGAGAAUUGUUUAUAUUAAUUUUCGGUUGAAAAUUGUAGUGAUACGUGUAUUUCACUUUGUUCGUUUUUUUUUUCUUCUGUCGUUGCAUUGCGUUGCGAUUUCCUUUCUGUGGAAGACAUUGUUUGUCAAAUAACAAUAUUUAUCA